CAUUCCUAUUUGCAUAUAUUCUACUUUGGCUCGGAAAAAUUAACUGCUCUAUUUGAUACCACAAUGAGUUUCCAAAACUCGGGUUGUGAUCAGAGCAGCGAUACGGAGCACGUCUACGGUUGGAUCACCGAUCUGUGCAAUAAGGAGACUCGCUUUUUGGCCAUGUUGGAGCUAUGGGAAAGACGCAGCCACAUUGACAGCCUGGGUCCCUUGCUCUGGCAUUCCUUUGGAGCCGUAAGUGGUUUGCUGCAAGAGGUUGUUUCAAUCUACCCGACAAUCUACACGGACAACGAACUGAACGGUCAGCAGUCGCACCGCAUUUGCGCAGCCAUUGGACUGAUCCAGACCAUGGCCUCACAUCCCUUUGUCGGUAUUCAGCUGAUGCGCUGCCAAUUCAUGUGUUAUUUGAUGCCGUUGCUUAAGAUGACCUCACAAUCUCGGGCCGCUGAGCAUGUUCGCCUCUCCGUUCUGGGCGUCAUCUGCGGUCUACUGAAAUCGGACCAUCCAGAGAUCGUUGGCUACUUCCUGGGCACUGAAUUGAUUCCACUUAUUUUGCGUCAGCUGGAGCUGGGUACCAGUAUGAGUAAGGUUCUCUGCGCAUUUGUCUUGUACCGCAUCUUAGAACACGACGUAGGCUUGAAGUUUGCCAGUCGAAGGUUGGCUCGUAGACUUCAUCUGAUCCACACCCUGGCCAGAGUUGUCCACCAACUGACCCUGGAACCGGGUCCUCACCUCAAGCAUGUGGUGAGGAUAUAUUCCCGCCUGGCUGACCAUCCCCAGAGUCUGGAGCUGAUCCUUAAGCUCUUGCCGGCGCAGAUUCGAAACGGCUAUUUCUGCCAGGAGAGUCUGCCGGGCUAUGAGAGCGCUUCACUGGAGCUGGCUGAUCUCAACCGUAAGCUGAAUGACAAGAACGUGAAAAAAGACCUAUCUCAUGAGGAAUAACGCACUGAAGGGAUACAAUUACGCUGAAAUUCACACCUCGACCUUUUUAAUCCACCUAAUUGGCCCUACCAAUAUACACACAUGGCCAGC